UAAAAAAAUAAGCAAGGAUUCGAGUCAUUAACGAGAAAGAGGAAAUAAUAAUGGCGGAGUCGUUCUUCUCAGAAACUCGAAUCCCGCAGCAAGAGCGGUAUGAUUCAAAGCUUUUUCCGGCGGUUCUGUCGCCGCCGUCGGCGAUUCCAGCUUUGUCGCUGCCUCUAUUCACCCAAAAGAUCAAGACCCAGAAACCUUAUCUGGAUUCACUCUUGCACGAAUCGGGGGCUGUGCUCUUCAGGGGUUUUCCGGUGAACUCCGCCGGAGAUUUCAACGAUGUCGUCGAGGCUUUCGGUUUUGACGAGCUUCCGUACGUCGGCGGCGCAGCCCCUCGGACCAACGUUGUCGGAAGGGUCUUCACGGCCAACGAAUCUCCGCCUGACCAGAAGAUCACCUUUCACCACGAGAUGGCCCAGGUUCCUGAGUUUCCAUCCAAGUUGUUCUUUUUCUGUGAGGUAGAGCCUGGAAAUGGAGGAGAGACUCCAGUUGUUCUGAGUCAUGUUAUCUAUGAGAGAAUGAAAGAGAAGCAUCCAGAAUUCGUUCGGAGAUUAGAGGAACAUGGCCUGGUUUACAUUCGGCUUUUAGGGGAAGAAGAUGAUCCAUCGUCAUCAAUUGGUCGUGGUUGGAAAUCUACCUUCUUGACACAGGACAAGAAUGUAGCCGAGGAAAGGGCAGCCAAGCUGGGAAUGAAGCUGGAAUGGAUCAAAGAUGGUUUGAAAACAAUAAUGGGUCCAAUCCCGGGUAUCAAACAUGACGAGUCAAGAAACCGAAAAGUAUGGUUCAACAGCAUGGUGGCUGCUUAUACGGGCUGGAAAGAUGCACGGAAUGACCCAAAAAAGGCGAUAACUUUCGGGGAUGGACAGCCUUUACCAGAGGAUAUAGUUCAUGACUGUCUGGGGAUCCUUGAAGAGGAAUGCGUAGCUAUUCCAUGGCAAAAAGGCGAUGUUCUGCUCAUCGAUAACUUGGCUGUUCUUCAUUCCAGAAGAUCGUUUGAUCCUCCUCGUCGUGUCCUUGCAUCUCUCUGCAAGUAGUUUCAGUGUUUUCUUUCCUUCAUAACGGAAGCUCUGAGUUCAGAUGUAAAGGCAACAACAGAUGGGAUUUAUGUACUUGUUGUAGCUACUCAGUGAAAUAUUAUAGAUUUAUCUAAUGUUGUAUUAUUAUUUUUUAUU